UUCGCCCCACGUGUGUGCGGGUAGGCGUGAGGGGCUUGAGUUGCUGCAGCUGCUGUGGUGAGGCCUCGGCUUUGGAUUGCGGAGGUUCUCGGUGGCUGCUGGAACGUCACAAUGCCUAAAACACUAAAGGGAAAAAGUACAGGACGGGAAAAAAAAGUAAUCCAUCCAUACAGUAGAAAAGCAGCUCAGAUUACAAGAGAGGCCCACAAACAAGAGAAAAAGGAAAAAAUGAAGAAUGAAAAGGCCUUGCGUCUCAACCUUAUUGGUGAAAAACUGCAGUGGUUUCAUAAUCAUCUAGAUCCUCAAAAAGUGAGAUAUUCAAAGAAAGAUGCUUGUGAAUUAACUGAAAGGUAUUUAAAUAGGUUCAACAGCGAGCUAGAGCAGAUUGAGUUACAUAACAGCAUCAAGGACAGGCAGGGAAGGCGGCACCAUUCCCGGGAGACUGUCAUCAAGCAGACAAUGGAGCGUGAACGACAGCAGUACGAAGGCUAUGGCUUUGAGAUUCCAGAUCUUUUAGAUGGAAGUAAUCUAAAGAUGUUUAGGGAGUGGGAUUUUGAUCUGAAGAAAUUGCCAAACAUUAAAAUGAGAAAAGUUUGUGCUAAUGAUGCAAUUCCUAAGAAACAGCAAACAGAAGAGGAAUCAAUGACUUUCUUCCUGCAAAUAUUUGUAGACAACAUACUGCCAUUGGCAAACCACAGGAAAAAAUGGACUAGUAAAACGCUUAGGAAAAUUAGUGGAAAAUUGAAUCCAGUUUAGUCCCUUGGGUGCAAUACUAUUUUUAAAUCACCC